GACGUUUCGAUUUCAUUGUUAUUACCAAGCAAAAAUGUGAUGUUUCGAAGAAAGUGAUAUUUGCAUUGAAAUCAGUUUAUCUUGAAGAUAAAAAGAGAGAUUACUCUCUGUUAAAUACUCAGUCAAUUGGAUAACCUUCAAUUCAAAUCAACAAAAUAAAAACAAGAAUAUCGAAGGGAAUUCAUCGGAUUAUUCGCCUAAAUAAAAAAAAAGUGCAUUUAAUAGGGGAGAUUUCACGAUGUCAAUAAAGAACGGUAAUGUUCGAUGGGCAUUUGAUCUACGAUCGUGGCGAUGUACAUUGCCUGAUUUGGAAUUAGCUACGUCAUGUGUUCAGCCGGAAGAAAGGGAGCGAUUAUCAAAAUUCCAUUUUAUCGAUGACUUUAAAGCAUCAAUCAUCGGUCGUUUAUUAAUGAGGCAAUUUAUUAAAUCCUGUUUACCUGAAUUGGAUUACAAUGAAAUUCGUUUUGAACGUGACGAACGUGGCAAACCAUUCUUCGUUCCAGCCACCGACAUCCGAGAUAAAAUUGAUUUUAACAUGGAUUUUAAUGUGUCGCAUCAUGAACGUUAUGCAGUAUUAGCCGGAUGGUUUGGAAAAAAUUCAAAAGAACACAAUGGCCGGCAACAACAUGUUGGAGUUGAUGUUAUGAAAUUAGAAUAUACUGGCGGUGGUAAGGCGUUACAUGAAUUCUUUCGCCUAAUGGAUCGAACAUUUACGUCCAACGAAUGGAAAUUUAUAAAAUCACGUAAUGGUGAUCAAAAUCAAACGGCAGCAUUUAUGCGACAUUGGUCUUUGAAAGAGAGUUAUGUGAAAAACAUUGGCGUCGGCAUUACGAUCGAUUUGCAAAGUAUCGAUUUCCAACUGAGCACCGACAACUUGUUCACGAAUAAAAUUGUUCGGGACACUGUUGUUAAAGUUGGCGGUAAACCAUUGAACAAUUGGCUAUUUGAGGAAUCGUUGCUUGACAACGAACACUGUGUUGGCGUUGCUGUAAAAAAUCCAUCGCCCGAAUAUUUGGAAUUGUCAGAAAAUGAACUUAUUUUUGAAGUGAUUGAUUUUGAACGGCUUAUGCACGACGCCAAACCAUUAUUAAACAUUGAUCCGAUGUAUUGUCAAAUGGUACUGAAUAAGAAGUUAAAGAAAACGGUAUGACAUUAUUCAUAGCAGCAUACAUUCGAAUGGGAUAAUUAUGUUAAACUUUAUUUUUUGACGAAUUUUUUUUCUAGUUAUAUGGAAUAUUAUAAUGUUUUGCUAAGGAAAUUUGUUAUGAGAAAAUAAAACUUAGGUAUUUUGUUGAAUCCAA